AGAGUGACUUGCCAGCGGCAGGGGACUCUUCCCCGCCGGGCGCUGGGCAGGAGCUGUGCUUGCCCUCUGGGGUGCUUACUGCUGCUGAGGGUGGGGUCCCGGAGCGUGUAGCCGCGGAUUCCCAACUCCCCGCCAGUCGCCCGGGUGAGGCGGAGGGCCCCCGCGCGGUCGCCGCGCUUUCCGGACUCCUGGCAUCGCUUGCCGCGCCGACAAGGUUCUGAUGUCAGGCUGGACUGUUACCAAAAGCUGGAAGUCUUAAAAUAAAGGACUUGUUAAAGUCUUUGGAUUAUUCUGAAGCUCAACCAAGAUGGCCAAAUAUGGAGAACAGGAAGCCAGGCCUGAAGAUGCACAGAACGAAUUCAGUGAUAUCAUUAAGUCCAGAUCUGAUGAACACAAUGAUGUACAGAAGAAAACCUUUACCAAAUGGAUAAACGCUCGCUUUUCAAAGAGUGGGAAGCCACCCAUCAGUGAUAUGUUCACAGAUCUCAAAGAUGGAAGGAAGCUUCUGGAUCUCUUAGAAGGCCUCACGGGAACAUCGCAGCCAAAGGAACGUGGCUCCACAAGGGUGCAUGCCUUAAAUAAUGUCAACAGAGUGCUGCAGGUUUUGCACCAGAACAAUGUGGAAUUAGUGAACAUAGGAGGAACUGACAUUGUAGAUGGGAAUCAUAAGCUGACGCUGGGGUUACUCUGGAGCAUCAUUUUGCACUGGCAGGUCAAGGAUGUCAUGAAGGCUGUCAUGUCAGACUUACAGCAGACCAACAGUGAGAAGAUCCUGCUGAGCUGGGUCCGUCAGACCACGCGGCCCUACAGCUCAGUCAAUGUCCUCAACUUCACCACCAGCUGGACCGAUGGACUUGCCUUCAAUGCCGUGCUGCACAGACACAAACCCGAUCUGUUCAGCUGGGAUCAAGUUGUCCAGAUGUCCCCCAUGGAGAGGCUCGAACAUGCCUUCAGCAAGGCUCAGACAUACUUGGGAAUUGAAAAGCUGUUGGAUGCUGAAGAUGUCGCUGUUCAGCUUCCUGACAAGAAAUCCAUAAUUAUGUAUUUAACAUCGUUGUUUGAGGUGCUACCUCAGCAAGUCACUCUAGAUGCUAUCCGUGAGGUGGAGACCCUCCCAAGGAAAUACAAGAAAGAAUGUGAAGAAGAAGAAAUCAAUAUACAGAAUGCAGCGCCGGAGGAGGAACGGGAGAGUCCCCGAGCUGAGACCCCCAGCACUGUCACCGAGGUGGACAUGGACCUGGACAGUUACCAGAUAGCACUAGAGGAAGUACUGACCUGGCUACUGUCGGCAGAGGACACCUUCCAGGAGCAGGAUGACAUUUCUGAUGAUGUGGAAGAAGUCAAAGACCAGUUUGCAACCCAUGAAGCAUUUAUGAUGGAACUGACUGCACACCAGAGCAGCGUAGGGAACGUCCUGCAAGCAGGUAACCAGCUCAUCACCCAGGGAACUCUGUCCGAUGAAGAGGAGUUUGAGAUUCAGGAACAAAUGACCCUGCUGAAUGCUAGAUGGGAGGCGCUGAGGGUGGAGAGCAUGGACAGACAGUCCCGGCUGCAUGACGUGCUGAUGGCACUCCAGCGGCAGCAGCUGCAGCAGCUCUCAGCGUGGUUGACCCUCACUGAAGAACGCAUUCAGAAGAUGGAAGCCCGCCCCCUGGAUGAUGACCUGAAAUCCCUGCAGAAGCUGCUGGAAGAACAUAAAAGUUUGCAAAAUGACCUAGAGGCUGAACAGGUGAAGGUGAAUUCAUUAACUCACAUGGUGGUGAUUGUGGAUGAAAACAGUGGCGAGAGUGCAACAGCUGUUCUGGAGGAGCAUUUACAGAAACUUGGGGAGCGUUGGACGGCGGUGUGCCGUUGGACUGAAGAGCGAUGGAAUAGGUUACAAGAAAUCAAUAUGUUGUGGCAGGAAUUACUGGAAGAACAGUGCUUGUUGAAAGCUUGGCUAACUGAAAAAGAAGAAGCUUUAAAUAAAGUCCAAACGAGCAACUUUAAAGACCAAAAGGAACUAAGUGUCAGUGUCCGACGUCUGGCGAUUUUGAAGGAAGACAUGGAAAUGAAGCGCCAAACAUUGGAUCAGCUGAGUGAGAUUGGCCAAGAUGUGGGUCAGUUAGUUGAUAACCCCAAGGCAUCUCAGAAGAUCAGCAGUGACGCGGAGGAACUAACUCAGAGAUGGGAUUCUUUGGUUCAGAGACUAGAAGAUUCUUCCAACCAGGUAACUCAGGCUGUGGCCAAGCUGGGGAUGUCUCAGAUUGCCCAGCAAGAUCUUCUGGAGACUGUGCAUGUCCGAGAAAAGGUGACCAUGAAGAAGUCCAAGCAGGAACUGCCUCCGCCACCGCCACCUAAGAAGAGGCAGAUCCACGUGGAUACUGAAGCCAAGAAAAAGUUUGAUGCUGUAAGCGCAGAGCUCUUCAGCUGGAUCUUGAAAUCAAAGACUGCCAUUCAGACCAUAGAGAUGAAAGAGUUUAAGAAGAUGCAAGAGACUUCAGAAAUGAAGAAGAAGUUGAAGGAAUUAGAGAAAGAGGAUAUGGAAAGAAGACCGAGGUUGGAUGAGUUGAACCAAACUGGACAAACCCUGGUGGAACAAAUGGGAAAAGAAGGUCUUCCGACUGAAGAAAUAAAGCAUGUUCUGGAGAAGGUUUCCUGUGAGUGGAAGAGUUUGUCUCAGCAUUUGGAAGACCUGGCAGGAAAGAUUCAGCUACAGGAGGAUGUUAAUGCUUAUUUUAAGCAACUUGAUGAGCUUGACAAGAUCGUAAAGAAAAAGAAGGAGUGGUUGAAACAUACUUCCUUUGUUGAGCUGCCCCAGCAGUCUUUGGCAAGCUUAAAGGAGGCCUGCCAGCGGGAACAGGCGGAUCUCCUCAGCCUCCGUCCGAAAAUUGACCUGGCACGUGCCAGCUGCUCUGCCCUGGAGUCUCGACUUUCUGCCCCAGAGUUUGUCCAGCAGGGCUUGAAUACGCUUCUGGGGCACUACCAGGCUGUGCAACAGAACUUAGAGGACCAUCAAAAAAAGCUAGAAAAUGAGCUGAGGAGUCAACCAACACAUGAGUACCUGGACACGUUGCAAUCACUGAAAGAUAGACUGAACGAGUCAGAAGCGAAGGCCCAGCUGGCUCUGAGUAUCCUUGAUGACCUUUCCCUGGUGGAGAAGGCACUGCAAGAACAAAAGGCUCUUGAUGAAAUCCUUGAGAAUCAAAAACCUGCAUUGCAUAAACUGGCAGAAGAAACCAAGGCUUUGCAGAACAAUGUUCCUCCUGAUACAGGAAAAACAUACAAGCGAGAAUUUGAUGAUAUACAAGAAAAGUGGAACACAGUAAAGGCCAAGGUUUCCAGAGACCUGCAAUUGCUUGAAGACAUCUCCCCCAAACUCAGAGUAUUUGAGGCUAAUUCGAAAGUUGUUGAGAAGUGGAGAGAUGGUGUGAAAGACUUCUUAAUGACAGAGCCGGCUGCCCAGGGAGAUGCUGAAGGUCUGCAGGGGCAGCUGGACCAGUGCUUGACAUUUGUUAAUGAAAUAGACACAAUUGAAACUGCCCUGAAAAAGAUGAAAGAAGUAGAGAGCGACCUUCGAAGCUGCCCUGUUGCUUCAAUCAAAAAUUGGCUGCAUGUGAGACUAGCUGACUGCCAAAGCCAACUGGAGAAAUUUAGCAAGGAGAUCACUCUCCAAAAAAAUAGAUUGUCUGAAAGUCAGGAGAAAGCAGUGAACUUGAAGAAAGACUUGGCGGAGAUGCAGGAGUGGAUGACACAGGCUGAGGAAGAGUACCUGGAGAGAGAUUUUGAAUACAAGUCUCCAGAAGAACUUGACAGUGCGGUGGAAGAAAUGAAGAGGGCGAAAGAGGAUGUGUUGCAGAAGGAGGUGAGAGUGAAGAUUCUCAAGGACAACAUCAAGCUGUUGGCGUCUCAUGCGCCCUCUGGUGGCCAGGAACUGACAUCGGAACUGAACAUGGUGCUGGAGAACUACCAGCUUCUUUGCAACAGAAUUCGAGGAAAGUGUCACACGUUGGAGGAGGUCUGGUCUUGUUGGAUUGAACUUCUUCAUUACCUGGACCUGGAGACCACCUGGCUGAACACGCUGGAGGAGCGAGUGCAGGGCACAGAGGGCCUGCCCGAGAGGACGGAUGCUGUCAGUGACGCCCUGGAGUCUCUGGAGUCUGUUCUGCGGCACCCAGCGGACAAUCGCACCCAGAUCCGGGAACUUGGCCAAACCCUGAUUGAUGGGGGGAUCCUGGAUGACAUCAUCAGUGAGAAACUGGAGGCGUUUAACAGCCGAUACGAAGAUCUGAGUCACCAGGCAGAGAACAAGCAGAUUUCUUUGGAAAAGCAACUCCAGGUCCUGCGAGAAAAUGACCACAUGCUGCAGGUCCUGCAGGAGAGCUUGGCCGAGCUGGAUAAGCAGCUCACCAUGUACUUGACCGACAGGGUAGAUGCUCUCCAGGUUCCGCAGGAAGCUCAGAAAAUCCAAGCAGAGAUUUCGGCCCAUGAGCUCACACUGGAGGAGUUGAAGAGGAAUGUGCGCUCUCAGGCCCCACCUUCUCCUGAGGGCAGGCUGGCUAGGGGAGGAGGCCAAAUGGACGUGCUACAGAGGAAACUUCGAGAGGUAUCCACAAAGUUCCAGCUCUUCCAGAAGCCUGCGAACUUUGAGCAGCGCAUGCUUGACUGCAAGCGUGUGCUUGAUGGUGUGAAAACAGAACUUCCUGUUCUGGAAGUGAAGGAUGUAGAGCCUGAUGUCAUACAGACCCACCUGGACAAGUGUAUGAAAUUGUAUAAAACUUUGAGUGAAGUCAAACUUGAAGUGGAAACUGUCAUCAAAACGGGAAGACAUAUUGUCCAGAAGCAGCAAACAGAUAACCCCAAAGGGAUGGACGAGCAGCUGACUUCCCUGAAGGUCCUCUACAAUGACCUGGGGGCGCAGGUGACAGAAGGCAAGCAGGACCUGGAGAGAGCAUUGCAGUUGGCCCGGAAGAUGAAGAAAGAGGCUGCUUCGCUCUCAGAAUGGCUUUCUGCCACUGAAGCUGAACUGGUACAGAAGUCUACUUCAGAAGGUUUGCUUGGUGACUUGGAUGCAGAAAUUUCCUGGGCUAAAAAUGUUCUGAAGGAUCUGGAGAAGAGAAAAGCUGAUUUAAAUGCCAUCACAGAGAGUAGUGCUGCCCUUCAAAAUUUAAUUUCAGACAAUGAACGUUUACUAGAGGAGAGGCUCUGUGUACUCAAUGCUGGCUGGAGCCGGGUCCGCACCUGGACCGAGGAUUGGUGCAACACCUUGUUGAGCCAUCAGAACCAGCUGGAGAUGUUUGAUGGAAAUGUUGCUCACAUCAGUACCUGGCUUUAUCAAGCGGAAGCUAUGUUGGAUGAGAUUGAAAAAAAACCAGCAAGUAAACGGGAAGAAAUCGUGAAGCGCUUAAUAACUGAGCUGGACGAUGCCAACCUCCAGGUUGAAAAUGUCCGCGACCAAGCUGUCGCUUUGACGAAUGCUCGUGGCAGUGCAAGCAAGGAGCUUGUGGAACCAAAGUUAGCUGAACUGAACAGAAACUUUGAGAAGGUGUCUCAACACAUCCAAAGUGCUAAAUUACUAAUUGGACAGGAGCCCCUAUCUUACCACGGCUUGGUCACCGCUGAAACAUUUGAAGCCUGUGUGCCUUAUUCUGACUUGGAAAAAUUAGAAAAUGAUGUAGAAAAUAUGUUAAAAGUUGUGGAAAAACACUUGGAAUCCAGUGAUGACAGUGAAAAGCUGGAUGAGGAUAGAGCCCAGAUUGAGGAUGUCCUACAAAGGGGAGAACAAAUGUUGCAUCAGCCUACGGAGGACAGUAAAAAAGAAAAGAUCCGUUUGCAGUUGCUCCUUCUGCACACAAGAUACAACAAAGUGAAGGCCAUCCAUAGUCAACGGAGGAAAACAGGACAACUCACUUCAGGAAUUCCAUCAUCAUCACAGCUCCCCACAGAUUAUUUGGUUGAAAUUAAUAAGAUUUUACUUUCCAUGGAGGAUGUGGAUUUAUCACUGAAUGUUCCAAAGCUCCAUGGUUCUGUCUAUGAGGACUUCUCUUUCCAGGAAGAUUCCCUAAAGAAUAUCAAAGACCAGCUGGACAAACUUGGAGAGCAGAUUGCAGUCAUUCAUGAAAAGCAGCCAGAUGUUAUUCUUGAAGCCUCUGGACCUGAAGCCAUUCAAAUCAGGGAUACCCUUACCCAGCUGAAUUCGAAGUGGGACAGAAUUAACAGAAUGUACAAUGACCAUAAAAGCUGUUUUGAUCGGGCUGUGGAAGAAUGGAGGGAUUUGCACUGUGACCUCAAUGACCUGAUGCAGUGGAUCACCGAGGCUGAAGAGGUGCUGCUUGACACCUGCGCUCCCGAUGGCAGCCUGGACCCGGAGAAAGCCCAGAUGCAUCAACCGGAACUUGAAGAGGGCAUCGAGAGCCACCAGCCCAGGGUGGCAGUACUGAACCGAACCGCGGAUGGGAUUGCCCAGAAACUCUCCCCUGCUGAUGGACACUUCCUGAAAGACAAGCUGGCAGGCAUGAACCAACGCUGGCGCGCGGUCGUUGGAGAAGUGAGAGACAGGCGGCAGAGAUUAAAAGAGAAAAGUAAGCAGGUGAUGGAAUAUAGGAAAUUGCUGGACGACCUUGUGUGUUGGGUAGCAAAGGCUGAGAGUGCUGUGCGAACGGCGUCUACCACUGAGCCGGACGCCAACCUGCAGGAAUUAACAGACUUAGCUCAGGAACUGGAGGAACAAGGUGAAAAGCGCAAGUUGCUGAACAGGAUCGAAUUGGAAGUGCUUUCAGAUAAAAGUCUGAGUUUGCACGAAAGGGAGAAAAUUUCAGAAAGCUUAAGAAGUGUCAAUAUGACAUGGAGUAAGAUAUGCAGAGAAUUGCCUACUACGCUGAAGGAACGCAGCCAAGAGCCCUGCUCUGUUUCUCCAACAAGGAUUACUGCACAUCCUGGUGUCCAAAAGGUGGUGCUCGUUUCCUCUACACCAGACGCUCUGCACCAGCCUCAUCGUGCUUCUGACAUUUCAGUUCCUGCUGAUCUGGAUCGAACCAUAACGGAACUCGCCGAUUGGCUGGUGCUAAUUGAUCAGAUGCUCAAGUCCAACAUUGUUACCGUCGGGGAUGUACCAGAGAUCAAUAAGACUGUCUCUCGAAUGAAAAUCACAAAGGCUGACUUAGAGCAGCGCCAUCCUCAACUUGAUUUUGUUUUUACACUGGCACAGAAUUUAAAAAAUAAAGCCUCCAGUUCAGAUGUGAGAUCAGCAAUCACAGAAAAAUUGGAGAAGGUGCAGACCCAGUGGGACAGCACGCAGCACGGCGUGGAGCUGAGGCAGCAGCAGCUCGAGGACAUGGCAGUCGACAGCCUGCGCUGGGAUGAUGGCAGAGAGGAGACCGAGGAGCUCCUGCGAAAGUAUGAGGCCCGACUCUACAUGCUUCAGCAAGCGCGGAGGGAUCCCCUCGUCAAACAAAUUUCUGACAAUCAAAUCUUGCUUCAGGAGUUGGGUCCUGGUGAUGGUGUUGUCAUGGCGUUCGAUCAUGUCCUGCAGAAGCUGCUGGAGGAGUACAGUGGUGAUGACACUAGGAAUGUGAAAGAGACCACCGAGUACUUGAAAACAUCCUGGAUCAAUCUGAAACAGAGCAUUGCCGACCGACAGAGUGCCUUGGAGGCUGAGCUGCGGACUGUGCAGGCCUCUCGCCGGGACGUGGAGAACUUUUCCAAGUGGAUCCAAGAGGCAGAAGCCACCGUGAAUGUGCUUGCGGAUGCCUCUCAGCGAGAGAAUGCCCUGCAGGACAGUGUCCUGGCCCGGGAGCUCAAGCAGCAGAUGCAGGACAUCCAGGCAGAAAUUGAUGCCCACAAUGACAUAUUUAAAAGCAUUGAUGGAAAUAGGCAGAAAAUGGUAAAAGCUCUGGGAAAUUCCGAAGAGGCAACGAUGCUUCAGCACCGACUGGAUGACAUGAACCAAAGAUGGAAUGACUUAAAAGCGAAGUCGGCCAGUAUCAGGGCCCAUCUGGAGGCCAGUGCAGAGAAGUGGAACAGGUUACUGACGUCCUUAGAGGAACUGAUCAAAUGGCUGAACUUGAAAGAUGAAGAACUGAAAAAACAGAUGCCUAUUGGAGGGGAUGUUCCAGCCUUACAACUCCAGUAUGACCAUUGCAAGGCUCUGAGGCGAGAGUUAAAAGAGAAAGAAUAUUCUGUCCUGAAUGCUGUGGACCAAGCUCGCAUUUUCCUAGCUGAUCAGCCAAUUGAGGCUCCCGAAGAACCGCGAAGAAACUUACAAUCAAAAGCAGAAUUGACUCCCGAGGAAAGAGCCCAAAAGAUUGCCAAAGCCAUGCGUAAACAGUCAUGUGAAGUCAAAGAGAAGUGGGAAAGUCUAAACGCUGUUACUAGUAAUUGGCAAAAGCAAGUGGAUAAGGCAUUGGAGAAGCUCCGAGACCUCCAGGGAGCGAUGGACGACCUGGAUGCUGACCUGAAGGAGGCAGAGGCCGUGCGGAAUGGCUGGAAGCCCGUAGGAGACUUGCUCAUCGACUCGCUGCAGGAUCAUAUCGAAAAAACCAUGGCAUUUAGAGAAGAAAUUGCACCCAUCAACUUCAAAGUGAAAACAGUGAAUGACUUAUCCAGUCAGCUGUCUCCACUUGACCUGCAUCCCUCUGUAAAGAUGUCUCGCCAGCUUGAUGACCUUAAUAUGCGUUGGAAGCUGCUACAGGUUUCUGUGGAUGACCGCCUCAAACAGCUUCAGGAAGCGCAGAGAGACUUUGGACCAUCUUCUCAGCAUUUUCUCUCCACUUCAGUCCAGCUGCCGUGGCAAAGAUCCAUUUCCCAUAAUAAAGUGCCCUAUUACAUCAACCAUCAAACACAAACAACCUGUUGGGAUCAUCCUAAAAUGACUGAGCUCUUUCAGUCCCUUGCUGACCUGAAUAAUGUACGUUUCUCUGCGUACCGUACAGCAAUCAAAAUCCGAAGACUGCAGAAAGCCCUGUGCUUGGAUCUGUUAGAGUUGAAUACAACAAAUGAAGUUUUCAAACAACACAAACUGAACCAAAAUGAUCAGCUCCUGAGUGUUCCAGAUGUCAUCAACUGUCUGACAACAACAUACGACGGACUUGAACAAAUGCAUAAGGAUCUGGUCAAUGUCCCACUGUGUGUGGAUAUGUGCCUCAACUGGCUACUCAAUGUAUAUGACACGGGUCGGACUGGAAAAAUCAGAGUGCAGAGUCUGAAGAUUGGAUUGAUGUCUCUCUCCAAAGGUCUCUUAGAAGAAAAAUAUCGAUAUCUCUUCAAGGAGGUGGCAGGACCCACAGAAAUGUGCGACCAGAGGCAACUGGGCCUGCUACUUCAUGACGCCAUUCAGAUCCCUCGGCAGCUUGGAGAAGUAGCAGCCUUUGGAGGCAGUAAUAUUGAGCCCAGUGUACGCAGCUGCUUCCAGCAGAAUAAUAACAAGCCAGAGAUCAGUGUGAAAGAGUUCAUAGACUGGAUGCGUUUGGAACCGCAGUCCAUGGUUUGGCUGCCGGUUCUGCAUCGAGUGGCAGCGGCCGAGACUGCAAAGCAUCAGGCCAAAUGCAACAUCUGCAAAGAAUGCCCAAUUGUUGGAUUCAGGUAUAGAAGUCUAAAGCAUUUUAACUACGAUGUCUGCCAGAGUUGCUUCUUCUCAGGUCGAACAGCCAAAGGUCACAAAUUGCAUUAUCCAAUGGUGGAAUACUGCAUCCCUACAACAUCUGGGGAAGAUGUUCGAGACUUCACAAAAGUGCUGAAGAACAAGUUCAGGUCCAAGAAGUACUUUGCUAAGCACCCUCGGCUUGGCUACCUGCCUGUGCAGACAGUUCUUGAAGGUGACAACUUAGAGACUCCCAUCACACUCAUCAGUAUGUGGCCAGAGCAUUAUGACCCAUCACAGUCUCCUCAGCUGUUUCAUGAUGACACCCAUUCAAGAAUAGAGCAAUAUGCCACACGACUGGCCCAAAUGGAAAGGACUAACGGGUCUUUCCUCACUGAUAGCAGCUCUACCACAGGAAGUGUGGAGGAUGAGCAUGCCCUUAUCCAGCAAUACUGCCAGACGCUCGGAGGCGAGUCCCCAGUGAGCCAGCCACAGAGUCCCGCUCAGAUCCUGAAGUCGGUGGAGAGGGAGGAACGUGGGGAGCUGGAGCGGAUCAUUGCUGAUCUGGAGGAAGAACAAAGAACUCUGCAAGUGGAAUACGAGCAGCUGAAGGGGCAGCAUCUAAGAAGGGGGCUCCCCGUGGGUUCCCCUCCUGACUCCAUCGUUUCUCCUCAUCACACAUCCGAGGAUUCUGAACUGAUAGCCGAGGCAAAACUCCUCAGGCAGCACAAAGGUCGGCUGGAGGCCAGGAUGCAGAUUCUGGAAGACCACAAUAAACAGCUGGAGUCUCAGCUUCACCGCCUGCGACAGCUGCUGGAACAGCCUGCAUCUGAUUCUCGAAUCAAUGGCGUCUCUCCCUGGGCUUCCCCUCAGCAUUCUGCGCUGAGCUACGCUCUGGACCCAGACCCUGGCCCGCAGUUCCCCCAAGCAGCAGCAGAGGACCUGCUGGCUCCCCCACAUGACACCAGCUCGGACCUCACCGAGGUCAUGGAGCAAAUCAACAGUACGUUUCCGUCUUGCUGCCCAAAUGUCCCCAGCAGGCCACAGGCAAUGUGAAGUAUUCAUCCAGCCAACCAACAUCUCCCAACUUCCAGUAUUGCAAUUUUCAGCAAAUGCCAAUUCCAAGUUCCAUUAAUUAGAAGCUUCAUGGCUCCUUGACACGUGCUGUUGAGUGCUGUUGAGUGUGUUUCACUGAUGGAGUAAAACACUGACUAUCCAAAGAGAAAAGGGUAUUUUGUUUUUAUAAUAAUCCUAUAUUAUUGUUUUCUUCUUCCCUUUCUAUGCAACUGUAAAUUACUGAACAGAGAGGUAUUUGGAAAUGGAAAUACAUUUGUCACUGAUUUGUAUAAUGUAUACAGCUAUGGGAAAGUGGGUGGGGGAUUUCUAAUAUACUGUCUUUUUGAUAACAUGGCAAAAAUUGCAUAUGAACUAGAUAACCACCUUACAUUUUUACAUUCCUUCUGCUAUUCAUAUUAACCUUGUAAAAAUAACUUUGUGUAUUGUUUGACUCUCACCAUUAUGUUUUGGUUAUUUAUAACUCAUUAUCCACAUGACCAAGUAGAUUUUAUCUAUUUUUCCGUAAUUUUGCCAGAUUAAAAACGUUGAUAUAUUUCAGUCCAAAAUUAUAUUUAUGUGGAUUAGGCUACAGCUCUGUGUAAGCUGUUUAAGUUUAUUUGAUAUCUUAUAUUUAGUUACUUUAAUAACCACAGAGAUAACCACAAUAAAAAUGACCUGUGGGCCUCUUACUGGAUUUUCUUCCCUUUUUUUUUUUUUUUUUUUUUUUUUUUUUUUUACUUUUCUCUAUAUAGAUAGGUCUUGACUUCUUUAUUUAUUUCAUGUCCCAAUCUCUUUGGUAGAGAAUCCUGCAUUAUAAUAACAUCAAAGAUCAUUUUUGCCAAAGUUAUCCAUUUUAAGCAUAUUUUUUUGUGUGUUGACCCAGAAACAAAGCUUGGUACCACCUUUCCUAGUUCCCACAUUUUGAUUUUCAUCUUUAAAUAUGCAGCUGACCUUUCCUUAUUCCAAUACUAGAACAUACUAUUUUCUGUACUUCUUUCUGCAGAUAAUUUAUUGUUUUGGGGAAACAGUAUGUGGUUGUUUUCUGGUCCUUUAUAAUUUUGAAAUACCUAUUUUGUUUCUGAUACAAAUUUAGGGCAUGUCUCUUUUCUCCUGAAUGAAUUCACAGACGUGUUACUAUGCUUCUCUUGAUCAAUGAUUUGGGAAGGAUAUUGACUGAAAGCUUUUGUCUCUACUUCUACCAAGGGACGAAAUUCAUGCUUACAUGGUGGUACCCCUGUCUCUACAUUGAGUGCAUUCUAUUAGGUAUUAAGUUUAGCUUUUGGUUUAACAUCUGACUGAUUCAGUUUAAACCUCUGACUUCAUUAUCAAAUGUAGAGGAGAAACCAAAAACAGAAGUGAAACUAAUGUAUUUUGAUUCAUGCCUAUGUGCUUUAAAAGCAUCAAGACUUUUAAACUUUGAGUUCUCUUUAGCUGGGAUCUGGCCAGAAGGAGGCUUAAAGUUCGAAAUUACUAUUCUUUUAGAAUAGGUUGGGUGGGUUGGGAGGGCAUGGGUGUCUAUUUGCAGCAUAGAUAUUUUGAGAAGAAGAAUAUUGUUUUAUAGAAGAGGAAAGCCAUGGCCACCUGUCUACCUCAGAUCCAUCUUCCUCCAUUGUGUCGGAAAUCGCUGUAUGCCAUUGCAGUCUGCGAAGUCUCAAUCUUUCAUCAUGCUACAGCAGAUCCAAGAAUACACCUGUUCAUUGAGACAAAUUCCCUCAACUCUGAACUCCAAGUUGUAGAUUUGGCCUCUUUCUUGUUAUUACUUUGGAAAGUCAUGCAUUAAUUUUUUUUCUGCCUGUAUUUGUAUGCAAAAUGUUCUGUAUCAGCUGUUAUGGAAAAGCUACAUAAAACACUACAUUGUAACCUUCUGAGUAAUAAUAAAUAAAAGAAACAUAUUGCAGUAACAACAACGGGAAAUGCAGUUAUGUAGUUCUUUUGAAUGUUGUGGCAAAGAACUCAUCAUAGACUUAUCAUCUAAUCUGGUUCCAUAUUGUAUUUUUCAUCCUGAAUAAAAGUAAUUUUAACA